AUGGACGCAGACAAACCUCAGCAACAGUUCUCUGAAAAUCAGUCUGAGGUCACGGUUAGCUCAAGUGCAGAUGUUCAAAAUCAUUCAAGAAAAGAUUCUGGGACAUCUGAGAGCGUCCGGGGCGGCCGAGGACGAGUGAGACCGUACCCUUCACCAUCCCGCAGGAGACACCGCACUAACUUCAGCAAUGAGCAGCUGGAAAAGCUGGAGUUAGCUUUCAGACGGAACCACUAUCCUGAUAUCUACUACAGAGAAGAGCUCGCGAGAGCCACCAAACUCAACGAGGCUCGCAUACAGGUAUGGUUUCAGAACCGGCGUGCCAAGCAGGGGAAGCAGGGGAAGCAGGGGAAGCAGGAUCGUAUCUCUCACAAAGUGCUGCCGGUAGGAAUGAUGCCAGGACGAGGUCCUCUCUUCAGCAGCAUGUGUGUGUCUUCCUCCGCCAUGGGCUGGCAGUACCAGUGUCCUCAUUCACUGCAGCACAUCCCCCGAUUCUCCUCAGUGCUGCCCCCUGGAGCAUACCCACCCCACCCGUCCUCCAGCAGUCAUUUCUCCUGCUCCUCCGGCCCUGCUCCAUCUCAAGCCACCAGACAGCCUGAUGACUGGUACAAUCAACUGCGCACCAUCGGACCAGCCACCACAUCAGUGCUCUCAGUGGCCUCUGUGUCUGCACUGGAAACCACUAGUCACUGGAACUAGAGGAAGUGCUGUAAACGCUUGUAUUUUCCAUUUUAUACAAGCAGGUACAGUCUAAACGUUUUUCAAUGACAAAGAAAGAUUGACAUUUUCUGUCUUUAUUAGUUGCAAUCACACAGAACAUAUUCUCUCAAUUAUUGCUAUAUUUACUUAGAUAACAAAAUAAUUACAUUUAUGCUGAUUUCCUUUGUCAAGACUGCACUGUGACUAUUAAACUAGGUUCAGUUCACACUGAACAUAGGCUACUGUAGACUUUAAAUAAGCACUAUUAUGAACUAUUAUGUCAUUCUCAGAUCUCAGAAUGAAAUGUACAGUACACCCAAUGAACAUUUGAAUUACAUUUCAGUCAUCGAUGACAAUUUACAGAUUUGGUCGAAAUAAAUUACACGGUUU